AGACAAGUGAGUCACAAAGCCCGGAACUCUGGAGCACAUCAAAGGCAAAAUGUAGUAGAGUUGGACUAUGAUGUCAUAGUUGACCAAGCUAUAAACCACAUAUACCAGACACAGCCAGUGAUCACAGCACCCAGCACACAGACUAUUUACACAGUCAGUGAUCGCAGCAACCAGCACGCAGACUAUCUUAACUUCAAACUUGUCAACAUCCGAGACACUAACUCUAUCCAGAUUAGUAAUGGAAAACAAGGUGAAGGUUAACACUAUGUCGAAGGCUAGCAACAACAGCGGCGUCCAGCGCCCCACUCAGCCAGGAGCUAAGGUCCCUUAUCAAGGUGGGGAGAAAGGCCGUGAGUAUCGUCACCAGACCCCUUACCAAAAGGGUGAAGGAGGCCGCCCAGAUUAUCGCCACCAGACCCCUUACCAAAAGGGUGAAGGAGGCCGCCAGUAUCUCCCAUACCACCCUGCCAACAAUCCAGGAUAUCAGAGACCCCCUCCAAGAUGGCAGGUGGAGGCCAGUCUCAAUAAACGCAUUGAGGAACUAGAAUUGCUCCUGAAAAAGGAGAGAGAGACAAAGAAGGAAGCAGUGCCACCGAAACCCAGCAUCGGUGAGACAUCAGUGGAUGAGGUUCACGGCGAGUGUGACAAGCAGAUCAAGCAGAUGAGGGAAGAACUAAAACACCUAAAUCCUUCCUACCGCGUACCACAGGAUAUGUUUUAUUACUCGCUGAAAACCAAAGAGGAGCUCUUAGGUGUCAUUUCUGCACAAAACAAAAAGCUUGGACAACUCCCGGCUGGCGCAGAGCCUGAUAAUACCCCGAGAGUUGAGAAAGAAGCACCGAAAGAGAAGAUGGAGGUCCUGCCGAGUGAGGCAGAAAGCAGACACCUCACCACCACUCUGCAGAUGGAGGCCUUAGAGUAUGAGCUGAGGGCUCACGUGGAGGAAAAGGAGGCGUUGAAGACGGAGAUGGCAGAGAUGAAAAAGAAGCUGAAGCUCUAUAUGUGGGAGCCAACAGGAGCACCAUUCACCCUGAAGGAGGACAUGGAGGUUCCUGAUGAGAAAGAUAUAUCAGACAUGGCUGGAGUUACUUCUGGAGAGGUUGGAAAAGGGACAAACAAACCAAGUCCAUCCUUCAGAGAGGAGACGUCAAACAAUAGUGCCAAAAUGCAAGAACUCCAAGAUCUCGUUGCAUCUCGUAACAAGAAGUUGCGAGCUGAAAGGCUCAGGGCCGACACUCUCCAAAAAGAACAGGAGAAAUCUAGAUAUAUGCUUAAGCAGGUUGAGGCAGAGAAACUUUCCCUGGAGGAGAAGGUGAAGGCCCUGCAGGAAGAGGUCUGGAGUAUAGCAUCAGGGGAAACAAAUAAUGCAAACAAGAUUCAACAGCUUCAAGAUAGCGUUGAACGUAAAAACAACCAGCUGCAGACUGAACGGCUCAGGGCUGACACCCUCCAACAAGAAAAGGAGAAAUUAAUGGGGAAGCUUCAAGAGGUAGCCAGCCAAAACCCGAAGCAGGUUAAAACACUGAAGGCAGAGAAACUUUCCCUGGAGCAGAAGGUGAAGGCCCUGCAGAAAGAGGUCUUGAGUAAAUCAUCAGAGGAAACAAUUAAUACAAACAAGAUUCAACAGCUUCAAGUUAGUGUUGAACGUAAAAACAACCAGCUGCAGACUGAAAGGCUCAGGGCUGAGGAGCUGGAGACAGAGAAACUUUCCCUGGAGCUGAAGGUGAAGGCCCUGCAGGAAGAGGUCUUGAAUAGAGCAUCAGGGGAAUCAGGAAAUAACAGCGACAUUGAAGAGCUCCAAGAUCUUGUUUCAAAACAAAACAAGAGGCUGCAGGCUGAGAUGUUGAAAGCUGACAGUCUCCAGACACAACUGGAGGAGAAAAGGAAUCAGCUUGAGGAAAUGUCCAACAAAGACCGGAAGCUGAUUAAAGGGUUGAAGAGAGAACAAGACUCCCUGAAGCAGGAGCUCAUGGACCUGCAGAGUGAGACCUUCAGCAGAGAGAAGAUAAACAGAGAGCAACUGGAGGACUUACAGAACCAGCUCACGGAAAAGAUCGGAAGCUGCCUCGAGCUGACCCUCAAACUAGCAGAUCGGGUUAUUCAGGAGGAGGUGGAGCCUAUCCAUGAGGAAAUAAAGGCGCUAAUGUGUGAGGAGAAGGCAGAGCCCUCCCUUCCAUUAGUUAACAUCCAGGUAACAGACACUCCAACCAUGAUCGACGAGACAUCUGAGAACGUCCAGACAACACCGAAGAUGGUCGAGGUAACACCUGAGAUUGUCAAGGCAAGACCUGAGAUGGAGAAAAUCUCUUUGUGGAGGAGGUUUAAGAAGUGUAUGACUCCUCACUGUUGCCGCCAGUACAAACAGCAGAGGCAGAGCCAGGAAUCCACCGAAUCCUCCAACAACAUCCACAAGCCAUCAGGCAGCACAGACGAAACCCAAAUCCCACCAAAACAACUUUAAAAAGAACUUAGUUAGGAAAAAUAUCAAUUAAAAAAAUAAAAUUCUUAGAAUAGAAAUUA